GAGUGAUAGACCAAAGGCGACGGGUUUGCGGUCCCUGGAUCUUCGGGCUGGCAUACCUAGUCACUGGACUUACGGUGGGCCUGCUUGGACUCACUGCCAGGUUGCGAUCCCCAUGUUGGAUCAAGAGCUGGGCGGACGGCUGCAGUGUCUUCCGGUUUGAUCUUUCCGGGAGCUCCUGCGAAUGUGCUUACUUUGAGAAGCACUACAAGUGUGUCGACGAGGCGGUGCUGCAGGAGAUGCUUCGGGAGUCGCGACUGCUAGGGGUGCUUUCGCUGAAGGGUUGCCCAGAGCUCCGGAAGCUUCCACCCCUGUCCCACAACGUCGCGCUCCAGUAUCUGGUCCUGAACACCAACAGCCUCGAGGAGCCUCCCCAGUCCUGUCCUUUGAACAUAGUUAGGGUUUAG